CUAUAGCCGCAUUUUGAGGAGAUGGCGUCUCAUUUCAGUGGAGUGCUGCAGUUGACCGACCUGGAUGAUUAUAUCGGGCCCUCUCAGGAUUGCAUUAAACCAGUUAAAGUUGAAAAGAAACCUGGAAAAGCAGCAGCUAAGAUCCGAAUCGAAGAUGAUGGGAGCUAUUUCCAGGUUAAUGAGGAUGGAGCUUCCCAAAGGCUAGAAAAAGCAAAGAUUACACUGAACGAUUGCUUGGCCUGUAGUGGCUGUGUCACCUCUGCGGAAAGCAUAUUGAUUACCCAGCAAAGCCAUGAAGAGUUGUACAAGAUUCUAGCCCAGAACAAAAUAGAAGAUACCUCGCAGCAGAAGUUGGUGGUGGUGUCCGUCUCACCACAGUCUCGAGCUUCUUUGGCUGCGCGAUUUAACUUAAAUAUCCAAGAAACUGCUCAAAAACUGACUUCCUUUUUUAAAACCUUAGGCGUUCACCAUGUGUUUGACACCAGUUUCUCUAGGAACUUCAGCCUGUUGGAGAGUCAACAAGAGUUUAUAGAGAGAUAUAAGCGACAGAAAGAAGACAAGAAAGCCAUUCCUAUGCUGGCCUCGGCCUGCCCAGGCUGGAUUUGUUACGCUGAAAAAACGCACGGCUCGUUCAUCAUCCCGCACAUCAGUGUAACCAAGUCACCACAGCAAGUCAUGGGAUCUCUGAUCAAAAACCACUUUGCACAUUCACAGAACUUGAAGCCGAAUCAGAUCUACCAUGUGACAGUAAUGCCUUGUUACGACAAAAAGCUAGAAGCUUCUAGACCAGACUUCUUCAACCAGGAAUAUGAGACCCGAGAUGUGGAUUGUGUCAUUACCACUGGGGAAGUUCUUUGGAUGUUGGAACACGAAGGAAUGUCUUUAGCAGAUGUGAACCCAUGUCCUCUUGAUGCCGAAUUUACCUCUGCGAUGGAUGAUGAGCCAAUAGGACAUGAAGGAGGUGGAUCAGGUGGAUAUCUAGAACAUAUAUUUAAACAUGCGGCGCAGGAGUUAUUUGGGAUUCAAGUGGAUGAACUAAAAUACAAGCCGUUAAAGAACAAGGACUUUCAAGAGGUGACCCUGGAGAAGGAGGGUGAGGUGCUGUUGCACUUUGCUUUGGCAUAUGGGUUUCGAAACAUACAGAAUCUGGUGCAGAAACUUAAAAGAGGACGCUGCAGUUACCAUUACGUAGAGGUGAUGGCCUGUCCUUCAGGCUGCUUGAAUGGAGGAGGACAGAUCCGAGCAGAAGGAGAAAUUAGUAAGGACUUGCUGCAGAGGGUGGAACAGCUUUACAAUUCUGUAAGGAAUGAGUUACCAGAGAGGAAUGAGAGAGUGAAGGAACUUUAUCAACAGUGGCUGGGUGGCAGAGAUGGUGUCAAGGCAGAAGAGGCCCUACAUACCCAGUAUCAUGCAGUGGAGAAAAUUGCCUCUGGACUUAGUAUUAAAUGGUAAUUGGAGGAUACGAUC